GUGUAAUCAUCACUUAUACGUGUAGAAACAAGAUUAUAGUGCUUUUGCCAACGUUUGACAUUUUUUCCUUCACAGCUAUCUAGAUGUUCUCAGAGACUACGAGGAAUCACAAGUUGUCCUAGUUGACUUUGACUCUGUUCUACUUGAAAUGCUGUGUACAUGUACUACCAAGAAGCUCGAUUGGGCACAUGGCGGUCAGUUUUUACAACUCACAUAUUUGAUCGAGUCAUAUCUCAAGAAAUUGAAAGACUGCGGAGCAUUAUUAAAUAUCGUGGCUUUUACUGCAACUAAAUGCCUGUGGUCAGAAUUUCCGUCUGGUUUGCUUGCUCGGCAAGCAAUAGUCACUCACUUGAAAGCAAACACAUCGAUACCUGUACAUGACAACUUUAGCGACUGGUGGGAUCCACUAUGGAAAGACUUCAUUAUGUUAGAGAAGCCAGCUUUCAUACUCUUGUCGUCUGGUGAUAUCAGUUGUCAUUGGGAAGAUGAGACCAGUUCAACUAGUUUAAGUCGGUUGUACGAAUUUGGAGGAUGGAGCAGUUGCUACGAUGUGAUGUUGUAUUCGCUGCUCGUAACUUGUCUGUCAUUGGAAGUCGAUUGUGUAUUUACUGGAGAAUUGCUGGUUGAUGUCAACAGAAUAGUGGGCGACCGCAUUCAUUACUGCUAUCAGAAAAACAAGUUUAUAGCUAAGGCUGAUGGUCUUGUUCACCAGGAGACUCAACAUCUUUUUGAUGUCUUAGGUGAUGCAUCUUGUGUGGUAGAAACUGAUCAACAGUCUAUUGCAAGUAUGAUCAGUGCUGCAGCUAGCAACGAAAUUUUGCGAAAAGGUGGAUGGCGUUUAGUGUGUUCUGCAGUUGCAGUUUGUUGUUGUUUGAGUGAGAGUACCGACGUGUAUGAGACAGAUGUUCUUCACAUGUUUAUUCUUCACACUUUGCUGAUGGAUGUACUUCCCAUACGAGUUCGUACUCAGACACUUCCAUCGAAUGAAGACAAACUUGCUCAAUCUGGUCACAUUAAGGCAUUGAAGCAUCUAAUGCCCAAGUUGCAGCUGAUUCUCGGUAAAACGUUGGAGAGUGUGCAAUCUCAAAUUAUGGAGUGUGAGUAUCCUGAUAUGGACAACGCAACAUUUGCCGACUUGAUGGACGGACGACUGCUCUACAAUUUGAUGUAUCACGUUCUGAAUAACGUCGGUCGACUAUCAAAACACGGAACGAUUGAAUGGUGUUCGGGCGCCUCUGAGUUUUGGCCUUCCAGUUUUGUUGAAACUUGGACUGCCGUUCAAGAUCUGAAUGCUGAAACUGCAGAACUGAAGUGUCUGCCUGCAGGCACUGCUGUUUCCUAUUCACACAUUUCUUCUACUUGGCCCAAACAAUCACUUUCUGACAAAGUGGAAAGUGCCUUAAUGGAAAUCAGCUCGCCUUUGAUUGACGUUGCCGCCAAAGAACUUCAUGAUGUACUACCACAUUCGAGUUCACGUUCUUCAAAGACACUAUGGUCCAGGUCACGUGAGUUUAGCGAAGCUCUUUACUGCAACCGGCAAAACUUAUAUGGAGAUGUGUUCGAAAGUGACACAACUAAAUUGGAGGACAGAGAACGGAGACUACGAAAGCAGCAGAAAUACGUAACAUAUAUACGUGACUAUGCGGAGUCUUUGGAAGGAAGUAUCCACAGUGAACCGAUUGUAGUCAAAAGAGCUAGCACAAAGGUUUCCGACAGUAAAGGAAGAGGCAAGAAACCAUCUGAGUGUGUCACACAGAGAGGCAAAGCUAAGGCUUCCAAGAAGGCACAAACUAUUAUCGAACAGAAUGAGAAAAGGAUAAAUGAAGAGCACGCCAAGAAAGAAUCCGAGCGACUAAAAACCAUAUUAGAACGGGUUACUCGUCCUGAAUCGGCAACGCUUAAUAGAAUCAAAGAGCUGUACAAUUUUAUCGACACUUGCACUACACCAAUGGUAAGACUAGCAGCAAAGAAAGAAAUUUUGAAAUUGGCCAAGUAUGAGUGGGAGAGAAGUGAAUCUGUUUCUUGGGGAGUGCAUCUGUUCAGUGUUGUGCACGAAAUUGUGAAAGAACACACGGACGAUGUCAACGCGCAAGCGAAACUGACGUCGAGAUUGCUGAAAGUUUUGAGAGCCAUGGGCUUUACACAAAACGCAACUCAGGUGGAGAAGUAUUUGAACUCAUGCAUGCAAACUUGUAUUUCCAGUGAGAAGGAGACAACGACGUCUCAAGUAAAGGAAAAGAAAGACAAGCGACUGUCAGGAUCUGAUGAGAAAGCACCCGUCGUGAAGUCAUGUGCUCGGUUUCAAUUAGAGCACAUGGGGCAUUUGAUGAAGCUAGAACAUUGUCAAACGGCUGACUCGAGGGUAACAACGUUUAUACCUGAUCAGUGGCAGAGAGAUCUCAUGGAUUGUAUCGACCGUGACGAGUCGGUCGUCGUUUCUGCUCCUACGUCAUCAGGAAAAACGUUCGUAUCUUACUAUUGCAUCAGAAAAGUGCUGGAAAGAAGUGACGAUGAUCUAAUAGUAUACGUGUCUCCAACAAAAGCUCUCAUUAAUCAAGUCAAUGCGAUUAUAUACGGGAGAUUCGGACACAAGAAAUGCCCGCCUGGUCGAACCGUCUCAGGGACGUGGACAAGAGAUUGGCGAGUCAACGUAGAGACGUGCCAGGUGCUCGUCACGGUGCCUCAAAUGUUUGAAAUCUUUUUGUUGUCUCCUGCAUAUCAAGAGCGGGCAUCUAAAUUGAAGUACGUGAUUUUUGACGAGAUUCAUUGUAUUGGGUCUCGAAGUCAGGACGUCGAUGGCGAAGGUGGUGACGUAUGGGAACGUCUAUUGCUACUCAUUCGCUGUCCGUUUCUUGCUCUAUCUGCAACGAUCGGAAAUCCUCAUGGAUUUCGAGAAUGGCUGAAUGACGUAGUCAGCGUGAAAAGGCGACAGGACGGUGAGGAAAUGACAAGGAGUGGAGUACAACUUGUUGUAUAUGAAGAGCGCUACUCGCAGUUGGACAAGUUUGUAUACAAUCCGUCCGCACAACGAGCAGAUGACGCCAUUCGUGUUCUGCAUCCGUGCACUCUUCUGACUGUGCAACAGUUGAAAUCGGUUGGUUUUCCAAAAGAUUUCUUUUUGUCAGCUAAGGAAACAUUAGCUCUGUAUGAUGCCAUGCGAGACAUUGCCGAGCAGACAGGCAAUCAAGCAAUUCUUGAGAGACUACAGCGACUAGAUCCAGAUUACGUGUUUGAAACGAAUCUUAUCAUCAAUCGUCGUGACCUAAGAGAAUACGAAGCGAAAUUGAAGGAAGAACUUGAGACAUGGGCUCGGCAGGCCAUGAGUGAAGAGGUUGCUGGUGCUCUUACGUCAAAGCGUAUGGGAGUUUCUACGUACCAAGUUUUAGACGCCAUUGAUAAAGACAAUUGGAUGGAUAUUAUUGAUGAUAUGCCGUCGCUGCUGCGACGUUUGCAAGAGAUGGACAGACUUCCUGUCAUCAUCUUUUGUUUUGAUCGCAGUGGCUGUCAAUGGAUUGUACGACAAGUAACAGAGUUUCUUGAAGAAGAAGAAAAAUUGCGUUCAGCAGGGAGUAGUAAACAAACAAGACGAAAGGAUAAAUGGGUUGAGCAGGAACGAAAACGUGUUGAAAGAGAAGCAAAACGGAAAGAGAAACGAAAAAGUGCAAGCAAACGAAAAGAGGACCACGAGAAAGAGGACUACGAGAAAGACGACGACGACAUCGGGUCAACGGCACAAGAUUUGGAUAAAAUUGAUCCUCGGCACUGUUUCGAGUUUGGAUGUACGUUUGUCGAUCGCACAAAAAUCCUAACGUCCGAGGAGUAUAAAACUCUGCAUUCACGUUAUCUUUUUAACUCAGAAUCGUGGCUGCUUCAGGGAUUGCAACGUGGAAUUGCCUGCCAUCACGCUGGAAUGAAAAGCAAAGAAAAACAAAUAGUAGAAAGACUAUUUCGAUCCCGCGCCAUACAGGUAGUUGUUGCGACGACAACACUCGCGCUUGGAAUACACAUGCCGUGCCGUACAGUCGUAUAUGCGGGAGAUUCACCAUGGCUGGAUGAGCUGCAAUACCGUCAGACGAGCGGUCGAGCUGGGAGACGAGGAUUUGAUAGAAUUGGUAACAUUAUCUUUCACGGCGUUUCACGCAGCAAAGUGUCUCGUCUGCUAACGUCGGAUGUGCCUCACUUGAAAGCAAACGUUAUUGUCAGCUUUACCACCAUUGCUCGUCUCGUCGUCUUUGUGCACUUAUCCGAAGACCAAGGGACGGCGCAAAAGCAGGCCGCUAUGAUAUUGAACAAGUCAAUGUUGUGCGCUGAAAAGCCUGAAUUCAAAAGUAUAAUUCAACAUUUUCUUCUCUUGUGUUUGGAGUAUUUACAACAAGAGGGUUUAAUUGAUAACAAAUGCACUCCUAUUGGCCUGUUUGGAUUGAUAAUCCGUUUGCAUUACACCGAUCCUGCAAACUUUGCCUUGUUGAGUUGCUUCAGACAAGGACUUUUUCAUAGCAUCCUGGCUAGACACGGUAUCAAACGCCCUGGGAGAGAUUUUGCCUGGCCAGUUCGAGUUUUAGAAGAAGUCAUGUUGGUAGUUGCUUAUUUGUUCAACCGCCUUUUUCUCCAUCGAUUUGUGAAAAAGCGACACGAUACGAGCGGACAUCGAUCUGGAUCAGUGAUUGCUUUACCACCUUUACCAGAAAUUGUGAAGGAGGCGUUUAAAACCUACAACGACAAUUUGUAUUCAUCGCUUCAAAACUAUCUUCACGUGUGUGGUCCAAACCUGGGCGAUACCGACUGUAGUCUGCCACUCUCACACAUUGAUGCAGUCACAGAAACAAGAAGCUCUCGUGCUCAGACUGGAAUCGAGGCGUUGCUGCAGAAGACGGCGUUUGUACCAAAGUACCGCGUCAACGUCUUCACUGUUUUGUCGGCCUCACGGGUAAGUUCAAGGGAAGCUGUCGACUUAUUCGGAUUCCUAGGACGACGCGUACCCGUUCUAAAAGUGGACGACAGAGACGAACAAGGCAGGACGCGAUACUUUAACGCAUUCGCGUACGAUUUCUUCAAACACGGUUCUGUCAAGACGCUUGAAACUUGGUGUGGGUUAGUGUCUGGUGAUAUCUUUAAUCGUCUCCGCGACAUGUCCAUCAUUUUGCAGAGGAUAAGUUACAUUCUUGCUGAUCUCGAUCCGACAGACGACGCUGUCGUAGAUGUCUUCCGCGCUCUUUUUGUUACAUUUAACGAAAAGUUUAGCAAAGCUUACGAUGUCAAACCUAGAAAAUAGCUGUUGCGGUUUGGGUACGUGACUGGUUUGUUGAUUCGUUUCUUUCAUUGAGUUUAAGUUGUUAAAGUGAAUGACGACAAUUUUAGUUGCAUUGCGAUUCACUGUGUUACAAGGA